GGCGCAUGCUGGGAGACAAUUUCAUCAGUCUAUCAGCAGAGAGCCUCGUGGAUUCUAUGGCAUGGUAUAGCCAGGAGUAGUACAAACAAAAUGAGGAAUAUGUGGAUUGCGUUUUUACUUGGAUACGUCCUGGUUAUCCUUUAUGCUUUGGCUGAGGUGCAGGGUGAGGAGGUUGCAUUGCACAGGGUAAAGCGGGACGAAGAAGUAGCGCUCCAGAGACAGAAGCGAGUUUCCAUUGCGAAUAAGUUUGAGAAAGAGCUGUUGCGUGUCAAACGAGGGAAGCGAGACAUUGCUCGUGCACUGCUUCGUGUGAAACGGACAGGGCUGGAAGAAAAAGAACACAGCGAUAAGGAACUAGAUGCGGACCACGUUCAUAAGCAUCGAGAUGCUCAUGUAAAGGAUACAAAAGACAAGCGAAGCAAGGACGGCCAUGAACAAAAACACGAGAAACGCGAUCACGUGGAUCAUAAAGAAAAACACGAGAAGAGAGAUCACGUUGGUCAGAAGGAAAAACAAGAGAAGAGAGAUCACGUGGGUCAUAAGGAAAAACAAGAGAAGAGAGAUCACGUGGGUGUGAAGGAAAAACACGAGAAGAGAGAUCAGGUGGGUCAGAAGGAAAAACAAGAGAAGAGAGAUCACGUGGGUCAUAAGGAAAAACAAGAGAAGAGAGAUCACGUGGGUGUGAAGGAAAAAUACGAGAAGAGAGAUCACGUGGGUCAUAAGGAAAAAUACGAGAAGAGAGAUCACGUGGGUCAUAAGGAAAAACAAGAGAAGAGAGAUCACGUGGAUCACAAGGAAAAACAAGAGAAGAGAGAUCACGUGGGUCAGAAGGAAAAACACGAGAAGAGAGGUCACGUGGAUCACAAGGAAAAACACGAGAAGAGAGAUCACGUGGAUCACAAGGAAAAACAAGAGAAGAGAGAUCACGUGGGUCAGAAGGAAAAACACGAGAAGAGAGAUCACGUGGGUCAUAAGGAAAAACAAGAGAAGAGAGAUCACGUGGGUCAUGAGGAAAAACAAGAGAAGAGAGAUCACGUGGGUCAUAAGGAAAAACACGAGAAGAGAGAUCACGUGGGUCACAAGCAAAAACAAGAGAAGAGAAAUCACGUGGGUCAGAAGGAAAAACACGAAAAGAGAGAUCACGUGGGUCAGAAGGAAAAACACGAGAAGAGAGAUCACCGUGAUCGUAAGGAAAAACAAGUGAAGCGAGAUCACGUGGAGCGAAAGGAAAAACACGAGAAACACAAUCACGAAACUCGCAAACAUGCUCCAAAAGAUCACCAAGUGCACACUGCUGGAAAACGAAUGGAGUACAAGGAAAAACGCGCAAAGCAUGAAAAACGGGAUCAGAAAAACGACGUCGGAGAGCACGAACACCAAUCGCACGCAACUUUCAAGUAUAAGUCAAACGCAGAGAUCAAGCAUAAGUCACACGCAGAGACCAAGCAUAAAUCACACGCAGAGAUCAAACGUGACCACAAAGAUAACGCCCUGAAGCGUGAGCAACACCACGAAAAUCGUGGGGUCCCUGCAUAUAAAAGUGCGCGUACGCAUGAAAAGAAGGACAUUUAUGACAAGCAUAGGACUUUGAAGAGAAGAGACAGGAAGAGUGCAAGCCACGUGGUCCACUUUGAUCAUGAUAAGGGACUAAGAAAGAUGAAUCACCAUCGUCGUUCUGCGCAUCUUGAUAAACGCCGUUCUGCGCAUGUUGACGUCAGAGAGAUGCUGAGGUUGCUGAACCGCCAUAAUACACACGAACUUUGCCCAAUGCAUCGUAUGAAAAGGGAUAUUAAGCACGUGCAUAACAACCAAUUCCUGGAGCAAGAAUUGAAGAGGGUGAAAAGGCUGAAGCGAGAUCUCCGACAUGAGACGAUAAGAAAAGAAAGCAUGGCGAAGUUGUAAACAUUUGGAAGGAGAGGAAAUGGAGGCUGAAGUGGUAGUCAAUAGUAACCAGAGGAGGAUAACGAAGUUAUGAAGGAGAGAUUAUGUUGCAAAUAAAAGCUAGGGAGGGUCGUGUAAAACGCUUCUUGCUCAGUAUAAUAAGGGAGUCACAUGCUGCAGGAAGAUAUGGCUUUAAACGUGAGAUAUAUUGGAACUGAAGUCCCGAGAGAAGUGAACCAUUUUCACUUCGUUUUGUUUUAAAUUGAUUGGAGCGAGGGUUUUUUAGACAGAAAUGAAGCUAUGUUUUAAAAAAGACAAAGAUUAAAGAAGAAAAAAAAUCGCAGAGGAAAGGAUUAGAGGUGGAGUUGUACAUAUUGCACUGAAUCACCUAAUAUUUCGUGCAUUAAAUCAUUUUCUCACAUUUCGCAUUUA